GCCGAUCAUUCAAAAAUGGAGGAUGAGUCCUCUCAGCCAUUAAUUAAUAAUGGCUCUCUGUCUUCCUGUGUGACACACGCUGGAAGGCACCAAGCGGCCAAUAAAGAUGUAGAGGAGAGAAGUGGAAAGCUCCUCCCAGCAGCUCUUCCUGAUCGAGGGCUGAAGAAGUACUUCGUGAGGGAGCAGCCCCCCGCCGACCUGCGGCCGGACGAGCGCGUCUUCCACUGCAGGGUCACCAACGAGAUCUUCAGGGACUACGAUGACUUCUUUGAACGCACCAUUUUGUGUAACAGCCUUGUGUGGAGUUGUGCUGUCACGGGUAAACCGGGACUCACGUAUCAGGAAGCACUAGAAUCAGAAAAGAAAGCAAGGCAUAAUCUCCAGAGUUUUCCAGAGGCACUUAUAGUUCCAGUUUUAUACUUGGCCACCCUUACCCAUCGCUCACGACUUCAUGAAAUCUGUGAUGAAAUCUUUACUUACGUCAAGGAUCGAUAUUUUGUUGGUGAAACAGUGGAAGUAAUUAGGAAUAAUGGCGCAAGAUUGCAGUGCAAGAUUUUGGAAGUCAUACCUCCAACACAUCACAAUGGAAUGGCUAAUGGCCAUAUCAACAGCACUGAUGGAGACACUAUUGUCAUCAGCGAUAGUGAUGAUUCAGAAACACACAGCACAUCUGUGCAAAAUGGGAAGAAAAAAGCCAUAAUUGAUCCCUCCUUAUUCAAGUACAAAGUCCAGCCUAUUAAAAAAGAGCUAUAUGAAUCUGUAAUUGUAAAAGCAUCUCAGUUAAGCAGGAGAAAACAUUUAUUUUCUCGUGAUAGACUUAAACUUUUUUUGAAACAACACUGUGAACAACAUGAUGGAGUCAUUAAAACUAAGGCGACAUCAGUUGCAAAAUACAAGAUAGCAGAACAAACUUUCUCCUACUUUUUUCCUGAUGACCCACCCACAUUUAUCUUCAGUCCUGCAACUAAGCGACGAGGGAGGCCUCCAAAGAGGCCAUCUAUAAGUCAUGAAGACAGGGUGGCUGAUAAACCAAAUACCCAAGGAAAUAGAAGCAAACUAGCAAAAGAAAGGGCCCGGCUUCAGAAACAAAAAGAAGAAAUGCAGGCCAUGGCUUUUGAAAAAGCUAAAUUAAAGAGAGAAAAGGCAAAUGCCAUAGAAGCAAAGAAGAGAGAGAGAGAAGAUAAAGAGAAAAAGAGAGAGGAGCUAAAAAAGAUUGUGGAAGAAGAAAGGAUGAAGAAAAAAGAGGAGAAAGAGAGACUCAAGAUUGAAAAGGAAAAAGAAAGAGAGAAAUUACGUGAAGAAAAACGAAAAUAUGUGGAAUACCUAAAGCUGUGGAGUAAGCCUAGAGAAGAUAUGGAAUGUGAUGAUCUUAAGGAACUUCCAAUUCCAACUCCUGUGAAGACAAGAUUGCCUCAAGAGGUCUUUGGUGAUGCUCUGAUGGUCUUAGAAUUUCUUCAUGCAUUUGGAGAACUCUUUGAUCUUCAAGAUGAGUUUCCUGAAGGAGUCACCCUAGAACUUUUAGAGGAAGCUCUUGUAGGAAAUGACAGUGAAGGCCCACUAUGUGAAUUGCUGUUUUUUUUCCUGACUGCCAUAUUUCAGGCAAUGGCUGAAGAGGAGGAGGAAGUGGCCAAAGAUCAAAUAGCUGAUGCUGAGACCAAAGAUUUAACAGAGGCUUUGGAUGAAGAUGCAGACCCUACAAAAUCUGCACUGUCUGCAGUUGCAACUUUGGCAGCUGCAUGGCCCCAGUUGCAUCAGGGCUGCAAUUUGAAAAACUUGGAUCUUGAUAGCUGCACUCUUUCCGAGAUUCUCAGGCUCCACAUCCUAGCAUCAGGUGCUGAUGUUACAUCGGCCAAUGCAAAAUAUCGUUAUCAAAAACGUGGAGGGUUCGAUGCUACAGAUGAUGCGUGCAUGGAGCUGAGGUUGAAUAAUCCUGGUCUGUUAAAGAAACUCUCAAGUACUUCUGUGUAUGACUUGUCACCAGGUGAAAAGAUAAAGAUUCUUCAUGCCCUUUGUGGAAAACUUUUGACUCUUGUCUCCACUCGAGAUUUCAUUGAGGACUCCGUUGAUAUAUUACGGCAGGCGAAACAGGAGUUCAGAGAGUUAAAGGCAGAACAACAUCGCAAAGAAAGAGAAGCAGCAGCAGCAAGGAUACGCAAGAAGAAGGAAGAAAAAUUAAAAGAACAAGAGCAAAAGAUGAAAGAAAAACAGGAGAAGUUGAAGGAAGAAGAGCAAAGAAAUCCUGCUGUGGAAGUGUCUGUUGGCAUAAACCUCAUUGUACGAGAUGUUGAUCCUAAUGGAUUAUUCAGAAAGAGAAGCCAAAAUGGAUAUAAAGAACUUGCAAGGCAAGAAGAAACUAUAUCUGAAAAGAGUGAACCUCUUACUGCUGAAGAGGAAGAGGCUUUAAAACAGGAGCAGCAAAAGAGAGAGAGAGAACUUCUAGAAAAGAUUCAGAAUGCCACAGCCUGCACCAACAUCACUGCCUUGGGUCGUGAUCGCAUGUACCGACGAUACUGGAUUUUUCCUUCCGUUUCUGGACUGUUUAUAGAAGAGGAUUAUUCUGGUCUUACAGAAGACAUGUUAUUGCCUCGAACAUCUUCCUUUCAGAAUAGUGUACAGUCUUGCACAAAUGAACCUCAGGUAUCCCCUAAAACUGGAGAGUUGAAGUCCUCUGAAUCUACCUCCGCUAUUGACCAAGAUUCAUAUGCCAGUGUUGCCGUUGAGGUGCCAAGGCCAGUAUGUAAGCCAAACCGCUGGUGCUUUUACAGUUCUCGGGAACAACUGGACCAACUCCUAGAGGCUCUCAAUUCCCGAGGACAUAGGGAGAGUGCCUUAAAAGAAACUCUUUUACAAGAGAAAAAUAGACUAUAUGAACAGCUAAACAAAUUUCCUGUGGAAAAAUUACAUAUUCCAGACAAACCUCAAAGUGACAGCAGACCACCUUCAGGGCGGGGAAGAAUACAGAAUACACAUGAUGCACUUCAGAUGUCAGCAGAAAAACAACUUGAACUACGACUUAGAGACUUUCUAUUAGACAUUGAAGACCGAAUCUAUCAAGGAACAUUGGGAGCUAUUAAGGUUACAGACAGGCAGUCUUGGAGAGCAGCCCUAGAAAAUGGGAGGUACGAGCUGCUAAAUGAAGAACAUAAGGAAAAUGGUAUAAUUAAAACUGUGAAUGAAGAUGUUGAAGAAAUGGAAACUGAUGAUCAAGACAAGCUUAUUCUAAAAGACAGAUUUACAGGAUUAAAAGCUGAAGCUCAAAGCACUGCAUCAACAAAUACAAGCACUCCCCAGCCUGUUAAUAAUGUGGUCCAUUGCUUAGCAUCUGCACUGCUUCAAAUAGAGCAAGGCAUUGAGCGUAGGUUUCUUAAAGCACCACUCGAUGCCAGUGAUGGUGGGCGUUCAUAUAAAACAGUUCUGGAUCGCUGGAGGGAAUCUCUUCUUUCUUCUACCAGCCUGUCCCAAGUGUUCCUGCAUCUCUCUACACUGGAUCGGAGCGUCAUCUGGUCUAAAUCCAUCCUAAAUGCUCGCUGCAAGAUGUGCCGAAAGAAGGGUGAUGCAGAAAGCAUGGUGCUAUGUGAUGGCUGUGACCGAGGUUAUCAUACCUACUGUAUCAGGCCCAAGCUCAAGGCCAUUCCUGAAGCAGACUGGUUUUGUCCAGAAUGCCGACCAAAACAGCGCUCUAGACGCCUCUCCUCAAGACAGAGACUGUCUGUGGAAAGUGAUGAAGAUGCUGCAGAACAGUUUGACAAAGAGGAAGAAGAGGCAAGCUAUGAGGAAGUGGGACAGAGUGAAGAUGAGGAUUAUGAGGAAGAGCAAGAAGAUGAUGAUGAUGACGAAUCUCAAGAAGAAGAAGAAAUAAGCCUGUCUAAACAAAGAAGGCCACAAGUCAAGUUUCCAUUAAAAAUGAGGGCAGCCAAACUCAACAACCCCUUCUCGAGUCGGUGUAGCCAGCGCCAGGCUACUGGAAGAUAUGCUUCCCGGAGUCAGCAAAAUACACCUAAACAAACUGCAUCUUCCUCCAGAGCUAGAAGAAGAGGGCUAAGAAAAGUAAAGUCUGCUCCUCCAUCAGUAAUGAAGCCUUCAUUAAGACUUAACAGCCGCACUACUCGUCAGAGUCAAGGAGCUUUACAAGCAGAUGUAUUUGUGGAAUUACUUGGUCCUCGAAGACGACGUAGAGGACGGAAGACAGCUGAUAAUACACCAGAAAAUAGUCCUUCCAGUUCCUUUGGGUUUAGAGUUGUUGAAAGCACAGACUCAAAUGCACGCGUCCAGAAAUCUCUGGUUUCUGCACCAAAACUCUCUCUUCAGGAUAGCGAACCUAAGAGAAGAGGCCGGAAACGGCAGUCUACAGAUUCUUCUCCUCAGACUGCUUUAAACAGGAGGAGUUCAGGGCGUCAGAGUGGAGUCCAUGAAUUGUCAGCUUUUGAACAACUUGUCGUGGAGCUGGUACGACAUGAUGACAGCUGGCCUUUCAUGAAACUGGUUUCCAAAAUCCAGGUACCAGACUACUAUGAUAUCAUCAAAAAACCUAUUGCCUUAAAUAUAAUCCGUGAAAAAGUAAAUAAAUGUGAAUACAAGUUAGCAUCGGAAUUUAUUGAAGAUAUUGAGCUCAUGUUCGCAAACUGCUUUGAAUACAACCCUCGCAACACAAGUGAAGCAAAAGCUGGAACUAGACUUCAGGCUUUCUUCCAUGUUCAGGCUCAAAAGCUUGGACUCCCUGUGACAUCUGGUAAUGCAGACCAUGCUGUUCCAGCUGCAAAGAAGUCACGAAUCUAACCUCUGCCUUCCAAAGGAUGUUUUGAGGGAACCUUAUAUUCAUAAAAACAAAACAUUUAAAUCAUGCAGUCAUCCUAUCUGUAUAAAGCAAUAACAACUGUUUAACCACCUUGAAGUGGGGCCUGCACUAUAUUCUCAAUUUAAUAUUAAGCACUCAGGAGAAUGUAGGAAAGAUUACCUUUGCUACAGUUUUAUUCAGUGUCUAAUAAUUUUGAUAGAUGUACUGGAUACAGUACUGGUUUACAGAGGUUUUGUACAUUUUUAAUACAUUCAUGUGUCCAACUAUAUCUUCCAGAAAUUUUUUUCCUGCAUUGGAUGACCUUGUUUCAUCCUGUAGAUUUUCUAGAAGCUGUGGUAUUGUGAGGGCUUUAUCAACUCAGAUAAAAUCUUCUACUGUAACACAGUUGAAGAAACUGUGUAUAUGUUUAAAACUUGUUUUGAGCAUAGCUUAUCUACACUACACAUGAAUGAGUACAAUUUGCAUAUCCUUCAAAGUACUGUACCAGUGCUGGCUGGAGGUAUUCAGUCUGAGUUUAAGUAGAUAUUUAUUUAGUAUUCAAAGUUAAUUUGUGAAUUUGUUUUGUAUUUAUAAAAUUUGUACCUGGGGAUAAAAAAAAAAAAAAGAGUUCCUUAACUUUUUUUUAUUAUUAUUUUUCUGUGUUUUUGUUAUUCCUAACUUUUUUUUGUCUGAUGAUCAGCUGAUAAUGUAAUACCUUCCCCUUUCUGUGGAGCAGUUCUUCUAGCAACAACUAAUUUACAGGACUGUAUAAUAAAUUUAUAUGACAACUUUCUAAGUGUACAAAUAAAAUGAUACAUUUUUCAGUGUA